AUGGGUCUGCUCACUAUCAUUCGCAAGACCAAGUUGCGCUCUCAUGAGUUUCGUUUCCUAUUCCUUGGCCUCGAUAAUGCCGGCAAGACCACCAUCCUCAAAAAACUGCAGAAUCAGCCGCAGUCUGAGAUCGAAGCAAUCUCACCGACAUUAGGCUUUGCGAUCCAGACGUUUCAGUAUCAAGGUUUCCAUCUCAAUGUCUGGGAUAUUGGCGGCCAGAAGAGUCUUCGUCCAUACUGGAAGAACUACUUUGAAAAGACCGAUGCCAUCAUAUGGGUUGUCGAUUCCUCUGAUACUGCCAGACUCUCGGACUGCAAGGAGGAGCUCGAAAAGCUGUUGCAGGAGGAACGUCUACAUGGCGCUACCAUCCUCAUCUUUGCGAACAAGCAGGAUCUUCCCGGUGCUUUGUCUGCGGAGCAAAUCAAAUCUCAUCUCGAGCUCGACAAGGUCUCGAACCAUAGCUGGCGCAUCCAGCCGUGCAGUGCUUACACAGGCGCUAAUCUCGUGGACGGCCUCGACUGGUCAGUCAAGGAUGUAGCCGAUCGAAUCUACUAUCACGGCGAUGCCAAGUCUACGCUGGCUAUGUCCAUGGCGUCUGUUGAAGACCAACCAACCACGUGA